GCAUCAGCACUUCUCUUGAUUCCCAUCUUUAUUAAAUAUUCAAACACUGAUCGUUAGUCAGAGCUAUAAAUGUGUGGAUGAAGUUAUUAUAUUAAAUAGCCUAAAUUAAGUGAUUACUAGUUUUGUCUCAGGACAAAAAUACUUGGGCUUGGGGUGAAAUUUUUAUACUGUGUGAUAGCUUGUAUAACAUUAUUUUUUUGUUGCCAAAAGAGAACCACAAAAAUCUUCUCCAAGUGGGAAGGAAAUAAAACUUGUACUAGUCUCUGUCUCAUGACAGAAGUGGAUAAGCUGCAUUCUCUCAAAACAAGUCUGGCAACAUUUGCGUCCAGAAAUGAAAGCACUCUGAGAGUUCUACUGUGUGCCAUUUUUCAGCGGGACACAAGCUUUCUUUAAAAAGAGAAAACCCGAGGAUUGUGUUAAACAGUACAAUUUGUAGGUGACUUUGUGGGAAUUUACAUGAUGAAACACUACAUGGGAAACUGUGAAAAUGUUGGGAACCGGUUUGAUUUUGAUCAGAGUGGGUGAACAUUAGUCAGGUGAGCUGCUGUCCACUUCCUCAUAAAGUAACAAUUAUAAGAAGGUGUUUUAAAAACUUAAAAAUUAAGUAUUUACACAAAGAUUUCUCAUGUCAAAUGUACUUACUGGUAGAGAUGUGGGCCAUAUAUUCUUGUGUAUCGGUACAAAUUAGGAAACAUCACUUUUAAACAUCCAAAUGUUAUAGAAGCCACAAUUUUGAAAACAAACAAACAAUAUUUCCCUGUAAUUUCAUUUAAUCAUUUUAAUUAAACAUUUAAAUAACAAAUUGUAAACAAACUGGAAAACUUAUUCAAGUGUGUAGUUCAAGUAAAUUAACAAUGAUAUUUAAAUACAUUGUCAGUGUUUCUGACUCGUCAGAUAUACACACGCAGCUUCAUUCAGACUUUAUGAAUCAUGGAGGACAAAGAAACAUUCAGCGAUGAAGAUUUUUCUUCAGAAUGCAGUGGGAUAUCAAGGUCACUGGAUUCCAAACAUCUGUCCAUGAAGAGUGACAGGUCUAAAAACAACAUUCUAACAUUUGAUGGAAAAGACAUAUCAACAGAUCUGUGGCAUAGAUCAAACUCACCGAAGCACAGUGCCAUAAAGAGUGAAGCAUCUAUGAAAACAUCAGUAAUAUUCAAUGGGGAAAACAAAUCAAAUCUGAGUGACUCUCAACUGGCCCAAAGCAUAAUCAUAUCAAAUCUGGUGAAGAAGUUUGAGCGUCUAUCUGAAGGAACAGCAAAGCAGGAAAACCCAACACUCCUGAAUGAGAUCUACACAGAGCUUUACAUCACAGAGAGUGAGAGAGGAGAGAUCAGUAAUGAGCAUGAAGUGAGACAGAUUGAGGCACAAUCCAGGAGAGCAGCAACAGAGGACACACCAAUCAAAUGCAAUGACAUCUUUAGACCUUUACCUGGACAAGAAAAACCCAUCAGAACUGUGCUGACAAAGGGAGUCGCUGGCAUUGGAAAAACAGUCUCUGUGCAGAAGUUGAUCCUGGACUGGGCUGAAGGGAAAGAGAAUCAGGACGUCCAGCUCAUAUUUCCACUUCCUUUCAGAGAAAUCAACCUGAUGAAAGACAAAACACUCAGUCUUUCAGAUCUUCUUCAUGUAUUUUACCCUGAAACCAAAGAUAUGGAAAUAUCUAGUGAUGAAUAUAAAGUGUUGUUCAUCUUUGAUGGUCUGGAUGAGUGUCGCCUGUCUCUGGAUUUUCAGAGCGAUGUGAGGUUGUGUGAUGUAAGUGAAUCAGCUUCAGUGGAUGUGCUGCUGAUGAACCUCAUUGUGGGGAAUCUGCUUCCCUCUGCUCUCAUCUGGAUCACCUCCAGACCAGCAGCAGCUGAUCUCAUCCCCUCUGAGUGUGUCCAUCGAGUGACAGAGGUACGAGGCUUCAAUGAUCCACAGAAGGAGGAAUACUUCAGGAAGAGAAUCAGUGAUCAGAGUCUGGCGAAUACAAUCAUCUCACACCUGAAGUCUUCAAGGAGCCUCUACAUCAUGUGCCACAUCCCAGUGUUCUGCUGGAUCUCAGCCGCUGUUCUGGAGAAGAUGUUGAGUGAAGCAGAGAGUGGAGAGAUUCCCAAGACUCUCACUCAAAUGUACACACACUUCCUGAUCCUUCAGACCAACAUCAAGCAAGAAAAGGACUAUGAGAAUACAGUCAAAGAUGAAGAUAUGAUCCUCAAACUGGGGAAACUGGCUUUUCAGCAGCUUGUGAAAGGCAACCUGAUUUUCUAUGAGGAAGACCUGAGAGAGUGUGGCAUUGAAGAGACAGAAGCAGCAGUGUACUCAGGAUUGUGCACUCAAAUCUUCAGAGAGGAGUUUGGCUUGAACCAGGGGAAAGUCUUCUGCUUUGUUCAUUUGAGCAUCCAGGAACAUCUAGCAGCUCUAUAUGCACAUCUGUCCCUUAUGAAAAAAAACAGAAAUGUGUUUAUUACUCUUUCUUCUAGUCCUUUGAAGCAUUUGAAGAAGGCUUUAAAUGUUUCACCAUCUGAGCUGCAUAAGAGAGCUGUGGAAAAGGCCUUGAAGAGUAAAAAUGGACAUCUGGACCUUUUUUUGCGUUUUCUUCUGGGUCUCUCAUUGGAGUCCAAUCAGACUCUCUUACGAGAACUACUGACACAGACAGGAAGCUGCUCUUACAACAAUGAGGAAACGGUUAAGUACAUCAAGCAGAAGAUCAAGAGGAAUCGCUCUCCAGAGAGAUCCAUCAAUCUGUUCCACUGUCUGAAUGAACUGGGUGAUGAUUCACUGAUUCAGGAGAUCCAAGAUUAUCUGAAAUCUGGAAAAAUAAAAGAAACUAAACUCUCAUCUUCACAGUGGUCAGCUCUGGUUUAUGUGUUGCUGACAUCAGAGCAGAAGAUGGAUGUUUUCAAACUAAAACUGUUCAUUGGAUCCCAAAAUACAGCAGAUGAAGUUCUUCAGAAGCUGCUGCCUGUGGUCAAAGAAUCCAAAUUAGUUCAGUUGAUGGAUUGUGGUGUUACAUAUGAAGGUUGUGCUGCUCUGGCUUCAGCUCUAAAAUCAAACCCCUCACACAUGAGAAAUAUGAAUCUGUCACUAAAUAAAGUAGGAGCAUCAGGAGUGAAGCUGCUCUCUGAUGGACUGAAGGAUCCUCACUGUAAACUGGAAAAGCUGCGGUUGGGUAAGUGUGGUGUCACAGAUGAAGCAUGUGCUGCUCUGGCUUCAGCUCUGAGAUCAAACCCCUCACACCUGAGAGAACUGGAUCUGUCACUGAAUAAACUAGGAGACUCGGGACUGAAUCUGCUCUCUGAUGGACUGAAGGAUCCUCACUGUAGACUGGAAACACUGCGGUUGAGUGAUUGUGGAGUCACAGAUGAAGGUUGUGCUGCUCUGACUUCAGCUCUGAGAUCAAACCCUUCACACCUGAAAGAACUGGAUCUGUCAAUGAAUAAAUUAGGGGCGUCAGGACUGAAUCUGCUCUCUGAUGGACUGAAAGAUCCUCUCUGUAUUCUGGAGAUACUGCGGUUGAGUUAUUGUGGAGUCACAGAUGAAGGUUGUGCUGCUCUGGCUUCAGCUCUGAGAUCAAACCCCUCACACCUGAGAGAACUAGAUCUGUCACUUAAUAAACUAGGAGACUCGGGAAUGAAUCUGCUUUCUGAUCUACUGAAGGAUCCUCACUGUAAACUUGAGAAACUGCAGUUGAACCAUUGUGGUGUGACAUAUGAAGGUUGUGCUGCUCUGACUUCAGCUCUGAGAUUAAACCCCUCACACCUUAGAGAACUGAAUCUGUCUAGAAAUAAACUACAAGACUCAGGAGUGAAGCUGCUCUCUGAUGGACUGAAGGAUCCUCACUGUCAACUGGAGAAACUAAGGUUGUGGGAUUGUGGUGUCACAGAUGAAGGAUGUGCUGCUCUGGCUGCAGCUCUGAGAUCAAACCCCUCACACCUGAAAGAACUGAAUCUGAAUUAUAAUAAUCUAGGAGACUCAGGACUGAAGCUGCUCUCUGAUGCAUUGAAGGAUCCUCAAUGUAAACUGGAGAAACUGUGGUUGAAUAAUUGUGGAGUCACAGAUGAAGGAUGUGCUGCUCUGGCUUCAGCUCUGAAAUCAAACCCCUCACACCUGAGAGAACUGAAUCUGACUGGAAAUAAACUAGGAGAUUCAGCAGUGAAGCUGCUUACUGAUAUGAAAAAAGAUAAACAAUUUGGACUGCAGAGGUUUCUGUUGAGUGAUUGUGGUGUCACAGAUGAAGGUUGUGCUGCUCUGGCUUCAGCUCUGAGAUCAAACCCCUCACACCUGAGAGAUCUGGAUCUGACUGGAAAUAAACUAAGAGACUCCGAUGUAAAACUGCUCUCUGCUCUGAAGGAUAAUCCACCUUAUAAAUUGGAAACACUUAAGUUGUAUGAUUGUGGAGUCACAUUUAAAGGUUGUGCUGCUCUGGCUUCAGCUCUCAGAUCAAACCCCUCACACCUGAGAGAUCUGAAUAUGUCUCUAAAUGAACUAGGAGACUUAGGAUUGAAUCUGCUUUCUGAUCUACUGAAGGAUCCUCACUGGAAACUGGAAACACUGCAGUUGAACCAUUGUGGUGUGACAUAUAAAGGUUGUGCUGCUCUGACUUCAGCUCUGAGAUUAAACCCCUCACACCUGAGAGAACUGAAUCUGUCUAGAAAUAAACUACAAGAUUCAGGAGUGAAGCUGCUCUCUGAUGGACUGAAGGAUCCUCACUGUCAACUGGAGAAACUAAGGUUGUGGGAUUGUGGUGUCACAGAUGAAGGAUGUGCUGCUCUGGCUGCAGCUCUGAGAUCAAACCCCCCACACCUGAGAGAACUAGAUCUGAAUUAUAAUAAUCUAGGAGACUCAGGACUGAAGCUGCUCUCUGAUGCACUGAAGGAUCCUCACUGUAAACUGGAGACACUGUGGUUGAGGGAUUGUGGAGUCACAGAUGAAGGUUGUGCUGCUCUGGCUUCAGCUCUGAAAUCAAACCCCUCACACCUGAGAGAGCUGAAUCUGACUGGAAAUAAACUAGGAGAUUCAGCAGUGAAGCUGCUUUCUGAUAUGAAAAAAGAUAAACAAUUUGGACUGCAGAGGUUUCUGUUUUAGAUUUUAGUCUGAUCUCUGGUGAAAAAAGAGACACUACAGACAGACAUCACAAUCAACCGAAUCAACAGACACAAACCCAUAGUGAUCAUGACAUGAAUGUGAACAUAUGAACUUUCCAAGUCAAACAAAGAAACCUUUUGUUUCUUCUUAAGAACUGACAUUUGUACUGGAGCCCCAUUUUUCAUCAUCAUUUUACAUAAUUUUUAGCCGAUUGUGAUUAUCAGUGUACCUUCUGUUCAGUUCUUAUUAGUAAAGAUUUCAACCAAACAUGUGUCUAGCAUUGGGAUAAAGACUGGGACUUUA